AUGGACGACCUUGCCCAUGAGUCCCGCCCUCCCAUCCACUCCCUCAGCCGCAAGCGCAAGGCCGACCCCGACGACCAGCACCCCUCCCCCGCCGCCAACAACGACCCUGCCGCCCCCAACGACCCCAUGCUUCUCGACGUCAACGUGCAGGCCACUCCCCGUUGUCCCGCCCCCGAGCCCUCCCCGCCCUCGACUGCGCCAUGGCCGGUAGCCCGCGCCUCCCAAGGUACGAGUCCCACCUGGCCGUCGUCGUCCUCCCCCGCCGCCUUCCUCCCCCAACGCAACUGCGAGGGCCAAGCUGCUACCAAACGUUUGCGCAUCGACAUCCCCUGCACGCCACCCGCGUCCCCCUCGCGCGGCGCUCGUCGCCCGACGCACAGACCGCCUCCCCCGCGCCACGCCUCCGCUCGCCACCGCCGCGGCGACCAGACUGCCGUCUCCCCCGUCGACCGCGAGGCCAGUCUGGCCGUCGCAAACCGAAAGCCACUCACGCGCACCGCGAGCCUUCCUUCCCUGCCCUCCCAGACCCGCCCUCGCCCCGUCUCUCCCAUCGAACAGGCCAUCUCGCCCCAUGUGCCGCCUCACACCCCGCCGAUUAACAGAGACACGCUCAAGGAGCUCGACCUCGAGGCCAUCCUCCGCAACCCCCAGCUCCGUCACGACCUCCUCUUUGACUCCGGGCUCCAGUUCCGCCCGACGUCGAGCCGCCGCAAGCGCGACCUCGCGGACAACUACUGGCUGGCCAUCGUCCGCGAGCUCGAGUGCGGAUGCACAUGCACCACGCUCGACGCCCACGGCCGUCCCGCUGAGCACCGCUGCGCGUGUGCGAUCUUCCCGCGCCCGCCGCCGCUCCCGUGCCUCGCGUUCUCGACCGGGAACCUGAUGACCGUCCGCGCCCCGUCGCGCAUCCUCCCGCUCCUCCACGAGCUCGUCGAGGUCCUGGUGUCGAUCAUCCAGCCCCCGCCCGCGCCGCGCAACCGGCCCGCGGAGGUGUGGUACCCGCAGGCGGCGCCGGCGACGGCGACAACCGCCGCGCACCCGCAGCUCACGCAGAGCCUCGCGCACGUCGCCCUCCUGCGCUCGCUCCUCGAUCCGGCCCUCAUCCAGCAGGAGAUCGACCACGGCCUGUUCGACCCCUCGGGCGUCUUCCGCGCGAUCGGGGACGUGAUCCGCUGCCACUGUGCCCCGAUGCGGGACGCGAUGGUCGACUCGAUGGUCGCCUGGGCCGCCGGUUGCGCCCCGGGCGGGUCGGGCACCAAGCUCGACGCCGUCCGCGCCAUCCGCCUCUGCUUCGAGAUCAUGGAACUCAUGAAGUUGGACGUCGCAAAUCACCAGCUGCAGACGCUCCGGCCGUAUCUCGUCCGGACCUCCGCCCAGUACGAGAUGCGCACCUUCCACGAGUCUCGCCAGCCGCACCCGCCGUCCCUGCAGUACUCGCGCCUCUGGCUCCGCGCCACGUACGACGAACUCGCGAGCGGUGCGUCGCCCCUCUCUGCCCGCUUUCUGCGGCACGGGCCCCAGACCAAGGUCACGAUCGCGGUCGUCAAGGCCAUCGUCGGGCUCCUCUUCGAUCCCCCACCGCCGGCGACAGCCCAGCCCGACCCGGAGUCGAAACCGGCCAGCAGCCAGCACGUCCCUUCGGCCUCCUCCUCCGCGGCGUCCUCUGCGGCCUCGACACCGACGGUCACUCCUGCUGUAGCUUCCGCCCCGCUGCCGUCCUCCUCCGGCGCCUCUCCUUCGUCCUCUCGCCCACGGGUGAGCUCGAGCACCACUUACGCGUAUUUCCCGGAGACGCUCUUCCUCGACUACGGGCGCCUCACCACCCUCGGGACGGACGCUGCGGACUUCACCGGGCUGUACAUGCUCCUCAUGCUCUUCCGCCAGCUCGUGCACUCGCGCGCGCACCAGCAGUCCCGCGCCGCCGGGCCUUCCACCGCCCCGGCGGUCGAGACCGACGACCUCGUCCGGCUCAAAAAGGAGAUCUGGGAGAUCGGGCCCGCGCACCCCGGACUGUGCUUCAUGCAGCACCGGCCGCGCUCGAGCGGCUCGAGCGGGCGGGCGCCGUCGAGCUCGAGGCACGAUCGCGACCGCGACCGCGAGUCGGAGCUUCGCAAGUGGCGCGAAGACACCAGCAACGUCGUCCUCCACGUCACGAUGCGCGCGGGCGAGCCCCGCCCCGCGGACGGCGAGGAGCGGGUGCCGCGUGCGCCCGACGCGGCGGUGCUCGCGGUCGCGAACAGCUGGGCGGAGAGCCACCUGCGCGCGGGGAGCCCGCUGAGCACGCUGAUGAAGAAACGGGUGCGCGAGUGCGUCGAGGAGCUCGUGCUGAACGUCGUCUGCCCGCCACCCGCGGCCGCGGUGCGGUCGCACGCACCUUCCACACCCUCAAAACCGGAGGCGCCGACGUCGAACGGGCUCGAGCCGCUCAUGCCGGAGCUCCGCCACCUCGCCGAGCGCACCGCGAAGCUCGUCCAGAUCCACGUGAACGUCUACGGCGCGCUCUACGCGCACCCCGGCUUCCUCGACGCGCACGCACCGGCGUACUCGGACGCGGACGCCCUCGCUGCUGCCACCCGAGCCGCUGCCGCCGCGCUGACGACCGCGACGCCCGGCGUGGUGCCAUAG